AUGGCUCCAAGCAGAGCUCUUCGACAAGCCUUAACGGGCAAGCAUGGCUGCACAUCCUUCCUUCGAGCCCAGCCCGACAUGUCGGUCAUGUCAGGUCGGUGCUUCGCAUCUGUCACGAAUUCGUCCACAAGCACAAAGACUGGGAAGAUAGCGCCGCUGGAGGGUGUUCGGGUGCUGGACAUGACGCGAGUAUUGGCUGGCCCAUAUUGUACGCAAAUUUUGGGCGAUCUAGGCGCAGAAAUCAUCAAGAUCGAGCAUCCCACACGCGGCGACGACACUAGGGCUUGGGGCCCGCCGUACGCAAAGUAUAAAGACGAUGCGGUUGUGAAAGGCGGCAAACCCGGGGAAAGCGCGUAUUUUAUCGGUGUCAACCGCAACAAAAAGUCGGUUGGUCUCUCGUUCCAGCACCCCAAGGGCAUCAAAAUCCUGCAUGAGUUGGCCAAGACGUCGGAUGUGUUGGUGGAAAAUUACAUUCCAGGAGCGCUGAAAAAGUACCAGCUGGACUACGAGUCAAUACGGAAGAUAAAUCCUCGUCUCAUUUAUGCCUCGAUUACCGGCUACGGCCAAUACGGCCCCUACAGCCCGCGGGCCGGCUACGAUGUCAUGGUUGAAGCGGAAAUGGGGCUGAUGCACAUCACUGGCGAAAGGGAUGGGUCCCCGGUGAAAGUGGGUGUCGCGGUUACGGACCUGACAACAGGCCUCUACACGUGCAACGCCAUCAUGGCGUCCCUCUUGGCCCGGCAGAGGACGGACCGGGGGCAACAUCUCGACGUGGCGCUGGCGGACUGCCAGGUGGCGACGCUGGCCAACAUUGCCAGCUCGGUGCUGAUCUCCGGGGAAAGGGACGGCGGGCGCUGGGGGACGGCGCACCCGAGCAUUGUGCCGUACAAGGGGUUUAAGACUGCGGACGGCGACAUCAUGCUGGGUGGGGGCAACGAUCGGCUGUUCGGCAUCAUUUGCGACAAGCUGGGCAAGCCCGAGUGGAAGCAGGACCCCCGCUUCGUGACCAACGACGUGCGGGUCCAGCAUCGCGCCGUGCUCGAGGACAUGAUUGAGAAAAUCACCGUCACCAAGACCACCGCAGAGUGGCUGGCCGUGCUCGAGGGCAGCGGUAUGCCCUACGCCGCCAUCAACGACGUCAAGGACACCCUCGACCACGAACACGUCCGCGCCCGCAACAUGGUCACCGACCUCGACCACCCGGCCUGCGGCCCCAUCAAGGUCGUCUCCCAUCCGGUCAAGUAUUCCGAGACCGUGGCAGGCCCCAAAACCGCGCCACCCACGCUCGGCCAACAUACCGACGCGGUCCUGAGGGAUCUGCUCCAGAUGCCUGACGGGGAGAUUGAGUCUCUGAGACAGUCGGGCGUGGUGGCGUAG